CAAAGCAUCACCAACCUACCCAGCAGCCAGCAUGUCCUCCACCUCCGACCCAUCACUCGGGCACUACGACGACACGAACCGAGCAUUUCUACAAGCGCUGCUCGCGCGGGGCUCCGUGACAUUAUCCGAGGGGCAAAAGAUCCUCUCCUCGAUCUUCAGCUGCGCAGACGGAGCUCCAGCACACGCCACCCGCGCCGAUUUCGAAUCGUACGUCGCGGCCGCGGCAUCUGUGCUUUCUGUAUAUGAUUAUGAGAUCCGGAGCUCGCAGCAUCAGGUGACGAAGGAGCGGAUCUGGGCGGUGGUCAAUAGUAUCAGUGAUGGGGUGACGCAGCUCGCUACUGCGCGGACGCCGGAUGAGAUGGCGUAUAUCCGCCGACUGCUGGAUGCUAUGUUCGAUGUGUAUAAUACGAGAAGGAGGGAGGUGAUGGCGGUUACGAGUAUGCAAGCUUUAGAGAAAAGGGUCAUUAAGGGGGAGGCUGGCGGAGGAGGGCUAACGCAUGAACAAGCGGAGAGAUUGUUGGGCGUUCUAGAGAGUGAGGGCUGGUUGGAGAGGAGUAAGGAGGGCUGGUAUUCGUUGACCCCGAGAGCGUUGAUGGAGUUGAGGGCCUGGUUGGUCGAGAUGUAUAAUGAUGAGGAGGAGGAGGAGGGCGGCUGGCAGAGGAUUAAGUUCUGUGAGGCGUGCAAGGAGAUCGUUACCGUGGGCCAGAGAUGCAUGAAUUUGGAGUGUAAUGUCAGGUUGCAUGAUAUCUGUCAAGCGGCGUUUUGGAACUCGAGACCGGAGAAGAAAUGUCCGAGGUGUGAGACGGCGUGGGAGGGGAAGGCGUUUGUGGGACAGAGGGUGAUAACGACGACGGAGGAUUAUUUGAAGGGGAAGAGAAGGAGUGGUGGAGUUAGGACGAGUAGACAACAAGCUGAGGAUGAGGAGGUGGUGGCGGUGGACGAGGAAGAGGCCGAGGACGAUGAAUGA